ACGGCUCAAUAGCAUCCUGGGGUCCAGGCGUGGCUUUCAGAUGGGUGUGGUUCCUUGUGUGGGGAAGUUUUAUUUGUACUGUAGUUAGCCGACUGGCAAGUAGGCUACACAUGUUGAAUGAAUGUGACAUGAAUUUAGAGUGAGAUUCAUUUAAAGACUGGUGUUUUUUUUCUUUACUUGUCAUCUUUGAAAGGUUGAAGGUCUCUGAGGCAGGACAGCUCUGUGAUCAAGGUAAAUGUCAUAGGUUGUCUUAGAAUGGCCCUCUUGCAGCAGCUGAAAUCCCAGUUUGUGUGCCAGAUGAUCAUCUGGUAUGUGUUCCUGGUCAGCGGCCUCAUUAUCAACCUGUUGCAGAUCUGUACUCUACCUCUGUGGCUGGUCAGUAAGCAGCUGGCCCGCAGGAUCAACAUCCGACUGGGCUACUGCAUCAGCAGCCAGAUGGUAGCUGCUCUGGAGUGGUGGUCUGGGACAGAAUGCACGCUCUACACAGACCCAAAGAGUUAUCCACUGUAUGGAAAUGAGAAUGCAAUUGUGGUUCUCAAUCACAGUCAUGAGAUCGACUUCCUGUGUGGCUGGACCUUCUGUGACAGAUUCGGAGUUCUUGGGAGCUCCAAAGUGUUAGCCAAAAAAGAGUUAAGUUAUGUACCUGUUAUUGGCUGGAUGUGGUACUUCCUGGAGAUAGUUUUCUGCAAGAGGAAGUGGGAGGAGGACCGAAAGACGGUGGCUCAGAGUCUUCAGAACCUGCGGGAUUACCCAGAAAACUACUGGUUCUUGCUUUUCUGUGAAGGAACACGCUUCACACCAAAGAAGCACCAGAUUAGCAUGCAGGUGGCUGAGAGCAAAGGUUUACCCAAACUGAAGUAUCAUCUUCUGCCCAGGACCAAAGGAUUCUGGAUCACUGUCCAAAACCUCAGAGGAACUGUGGCAGCUGUUUAUGAUUCCACGCUGAACUUCAGAGACAAUGAAGCCCCAAACUUGCUCGGAAUUCUUAAUGGGAGGAAAUAUCACGCAGAUUUAUAUGUGAGGAGAAUCCCUCUGGAGCUGAUCCCAGAAGAUGAGGCGGAGUGUGCUGCUUGGCUCCACAAACUCUACCAAGAAAAGGAUAGCUUUCAGGAGCACUACACACAAACAGGGCGUUUUCCUGGCCCCAUAGUGAGCCCUCCACAGCGACCCUGGGCCUUGAUCAACUGGCUGUUCUGGGCCUGCUUGCUCCUCUACCCACUGGGCCUGCUACUUGCUCAACUGAUCAGCACUGCAUCGAUAAUGACCAUCUUAGCAUCUGUGGCUCUCUGCUCUGCAGUUUCAGUGGGAGUUCGCUGGAUGAUUGGCCAGACUGAGAUCGACAGAAGCUCAAGCUAUGGGAAUAAAGAAGUUUCCUCUAAACAACAACUAAAGACUCCUGACCUGCUCAGAGCUGCUUCUUUGCAUAGAUACUUAUAUGCAAGCUGUGUAAACACCCAUCUGGCAGGACUGGUCCAGCAAGUUCAACCUUGUUUCAAAGCACAAUGCAGUCUCAACUUAAUGCUAUACAGCAGAAGUUCAAGAUAAGAUCAUGAAACUGGAACAUGGUGGACAGCUUCGUUUGGUAAACUUAUGAUAAGAAUGUAAGGCAAGAUAAAAUAUUCUCCUUAAAUCAGAGUGUAAAUAUUUGAAUACAGUGAGUCAAGACAAACAUUUCGACUGGUAACUAAAGUCAACUUAACCAAGUAUAAAAUGGACUACCUCUUUGAUUGUGAUGUAAAGCAUAAAUGGCAUUUCUAAUCUCAUGUUGGAAGAAAAUACACAUUUCCCUUUUUUUAAA